AUGGAAAUCGGGGAUGUUAACUACAGUAAUCGUGCUGUAUUUGGUAUACUUGGAUAUUUGUUCGAAAUCAAGAUGUUAAUUAUGUGGAAGGAUGGUGUAUACGUAUAUGAGGAGUUUGGGCGUUUCACUGUUGCUUCUCAUCCGAGCAAGAUUCAUAUGAUGAAGGCGGGUAUAUUAAAAUUACUAGAAUUCAUCAUGGUCAUUAAGGUGGAGUCAGAAAGUACCGUGAAAGUAGAACAUGAUAAUGACAAAGUUCAGAUUUUGAAAAGAAAGUUUAGUGACAUUGUUCAAACAAAGCCAUCGCCAUUAAAGGUCGCAAAGCAGUGA